AUGGGAAGAAAGAGGACCAGAAUAGAAAAGAAAGAAUCAGAAGGACAGAGGAAGAAGGAGAAGACAGGAGGGAAGAAGAGAGUAGACAGAGGAAGAAGAAGUAGACAGAGGUGGAAGAAGAGAAAGGUGGAUAGAAAUGACAGAGGUGGAAGAAGAAGUGGAAGAGACAGAAGGGAAGAAGUAGACAGGAGGGUGAAGAAUAGAAGUAGACAGAGGAAGAAGAAGACAGAGGAAGAAGAGAAGGACAGAGGAAGAAGACUGACUGGGACAGUGGACCAGACCACAUGGAGACAGAAGGAAGAACACAGAGAACAGAAGGACAGGGAUAAGACAAGGACAGAAGAAGACAAAGACACAGAGAAGGACAGAAGACACACAGACAGGAAGAAGACAGACAGAGGAAGACAGAGGUGGACAGGAGACAAGGAAGGAGAGGAAGAAGAGGGAUCAAGACAGGAGACAGACAGGAAUGAGAAGACAGAGGGGAGUGAAGAUGUAGACAGAGGAAGAGAAUGGACAGACAGAAUGAGACAGACAGAGGAAGAAGACAGACAGAGAGGACAGGAAGAGAUAGACACAGAGGAAGACAGAGGAAGACAGAGGAAGGAGGACACAGACAUGGACAGACAGACAGGAAGACACAGGACAGACAAGACAGAGAGGAGAGGACAGAGACACAAGAAGAUGGGACAGACAGACAGAGGACAGACAGAGGACACAGGACAGACAAGAGACAGGAAGAAGGACAGAGGAAGAAGAAGGAAAGACAGGAGGAAGAACAGAAGGAAGACAGAAGACAGAAGGAGGAAGGACAAGGAAAUGACAGAGGAAGGAGACAGGAAGACUGGGGACACAGACAGAGGACAGAAGCAGACAGAAUGGACAAGGAAGACAGACAGAAGGACAGGAAGGACAGAGCAGACAGAGGAAGAAGAGAAGGAAGGAAGGAGACAAGAAGACAGACAGAGGAAGAAGUAG